AUGUGUUGUCAUACUACAACAACCACUACACAGUUUCCAACAAAAAUAACAACAAUAGCACAUACAACAGAAACACCAUCCAUCCCCCCAAAAUAUCCAAUUGAGAAAAACUGUGACCAUGAACAUCCUCCAAGACAGAACGGUGACAGCUGGAAACAUAACCAGUGCACCAACGGAACAUGCGCCAACGGGAAAGUUAUUAAUGAGCAUGUACAUUGUGAGACUCCGAAGCCAAUAGCAUGUGAAAAUAACUAUCCUCCGAUCAAAGUGUAUGACGAAUCUGGAUGUUGUUUCCACUAUGAGUGUCAAUGUAUCUGCUAUGGUUGGGGAGACCCUCACUAUGUCACCUUUGAUGGAACAUACUAUGGCUUCCAAGGAAAUUGUUCUUACGUCUUGGUCAAAGAAAUCCUGCCAAAGUACAACUUCAGUGUUGUAAUCGACAAUUACUAUUGUGAUGCCCCAGAUGGACUUUCCUGCCCUCAGUCUCUGACAAUUUAUUACCAAUCUUACAAGAUAUUCAUGACCAAGAAGGACGUUGAUGGAGUUUUCACAAGUCUGAUCUAUGUAAACCAGCAACGCAUCAUCCCAGCAUAUGAGACCAAGGACUUCCGCAUCACAGACAACGGAAUUGGGACCCUUUUAGUCAUACCAGCAAUUAAUGCCAAGGUGUCUUUCACUGGUCUUAUGUUUAGCAUAUACCUGCCCUGGGACAAGUUCAGUGGCAACACUGAGGGACAGUGUGGUACAUGUGACAACAACCGGACAGAUGACUGCCGCUUGCCAGAUGGAACUAUCGAGUCAUCUUGUCCAGACAUGGCACACCAAUGGCAUGUUGCCAGUGCACACCACCACCACCAGAGCUGACACCAACACAACCACCAGGCUGCGAUCCACCCAUUUGUCAUCUCAUUCAAAGCAAGGUCUUUGAGAGUUGCCAUAAGAUAAUCCCCUAUGAGCCAUUCCUUGUGGCAUGUAUCUUUGAUGUGUGCCAUAUGGAUGAUGUUACCAUUGGCUGCACCAGCUUGCAGACCUAUGCUGAUGCAUGUGCACAAGCAGGAGUCUGUAUUGAGUGGAGAAAUUAUACAAAUGGACAAUGUGACUUCACAUGCGAGAAACCCAAGGUUUAUAAUGCCUGCGGUCCACAAGUUGAACCAACCUGUAAUGCCUGGUACAAUUUUAAAUUCAUCCAGACUCAAAAUGAGUUCAGCGUCAUGGGAGAUAUACAAUUGGAGGGAUGCUAUUGCCCUCCUGGUACCACUUUGAUGAGUUCCAGCUCAAACUACUGUAUCCCCAGCUGUGGUAAGAAUGAUCAAAUAACAGC